UAACCUGGAACUUCUGGCACUCAAGUUUCGUCCUUUCUACCUUCCUCGGGAAAUUACUUUGGUCAUUGUCAGCACCGUUUAUAUUCCACCUCGGGCGAACACGGACACUGCACUGUGUGAACUUCAUGACACACUCACACAGUUUCAGACUCAUCACCAGGAUGCUGCGCUUAUUGUGGUUGGUGAUUUUAACAGCGCUAACCUCAAACGUGCAGUACCGAACUUUUAUCAGCACAUCACCUGUCCCACCAGAGGAGAAAGGACACUGGAUCAUUGUUACACUCCAUUCAAAGACAGUUACAAGGCACAAUCUCAUCCACCGUUUGGAAAGUCGGACCACGCCGCCAUCUUCCUCAUGCCUAAAUAUAAACAGGCUGAAAGGCUGAAACAGGAGGUUCCGGUUCAGAGGGAGGUCACACGCGCUGGACGGACCAAUCGGUGGCUGCCUUGCAGGACGCUCUGGAUGACGCAGACUGGGAUAUGUUCCGAGAGAGCUCCGCUGAUGACGUCAGCGUGUUUACGGAAGCGGUUGUGGGAUUGGUUGGGAAACUGGUGGACGAUACGGUGGAGAAAACCGUAGUGAAAACUUUUCCCAACCAGAAGCCGUGGAUGAAUAACACCAUCCGCGACGCUCUGAACUCUCGCACCGCUGCCUACAGCGCGGGGCUCAUCAGCGGUAACAUGGAGGAAUAUAAAGCUGCGUCUUACAGAGUACGCCGAGCGGUGAAGGAGGCGAAGCGGGGCUACAGGGAGAAAAUAGAGACACAGUUCCAGCAGAGUGACUCUAGAACCCUGUGGCGGGGACUACGGACCAUCACGGACUACAGAAGCCCACCCUCCAGACUGGACCCCCAGAGCAGGACAGGUCUGAAAACCGCACCAUUUACAUCAGUGGGCUCACGGAGAAGGUUACGCUGGGGGGUUUGGCAGAGUUCUUCAAAGAUGUCGGCAAAAUCAGGAUGAACCGUCGCUUAGGCCAGCCAGCAAUCAACAUCUACACUGAUCGAGAUUCUGGUAAACCCAGGGGAGAUGCCAUUCUGUCCUAUGAGGAGCCUCGGUUUGCUCGAGCUGCAGUGGAACUGUAUAGUGGUGAGGAGUUCCAGGGGUGGAAGCUGAACAUGUCCAUGGCUAAGAGGAAGAACCCACAAGGUUUCAUGGGUCGAGGUGGUGAGAGAGGAGGAUCUUCUCGCAUGCCUUAUAGAGGUCCACCAAAGAGAGUCGGAGACUGGGACUGUGAAAACCCUGGCUGCUGUAACAUAAACUUUGCAUGGAGGACCAAUUGUAACAAGUGCAAAGCUCCCAGGCCAGAGGAGAUGAGCCCCCCUCCAGGCGGUAUGCAUGGAGGCUGGGGAGGUGAACCCGGAGGUUUCAGAGGAGGUAGCCAAGACGGCCCGUCCAUGGAACAGGGAACAAGACGAGGAAUGAGACCAGGAAAGAUGGACAUGAGGGAUCGUCAUGAGCGCAGAGAAAGGCCCUACUAAAGCUUUAAAAAAAAAUUUUAUAUAAAUUUUUUAACUUUUUUAAAAAUAACAUUUCCUUUUGAUAUGCAGGUUUUCUUUGUCAUUGUCUUGUGUUAAACUCAUCGGCAGGUUUGAUUGUCGCCACUUAAUCUAGUUAGCAGGAUUACAUAUUUUAU